AUGCACUCAUCGCCGAUAUUCAGUGGUGUCGGUCUGGUCAUAGUAUUCAAGGGAGCAUUUGAUAGAAACCACUGAAAAUUAAAAUACAGUCAGUGCCUAGAAUAUUCGGAUCGCAUUCGGAAGAAUUUAAAAUUGCAAAUUUCGCAAAAAUUUGUUUAAUCAUUGUUUAGUAAAUUAAUCCUUCUAACAUCUCAAAACAACUUAAGUGACCUGAUUCAACUUUUAAAAGUGGUUGCUAUGUUUAAAAAGGCGCCUGAAUAUUUUCGUGAGUGACAAUAUGUUGAUAAAUCUAUUUUAAACAAUUUACUGAACCAAUCUGAUUAAUAUUUAAAAUUGUUAAAAUGUUCUACUACACUAUUAAAGCAUCUAAAAAAUAUUCUCUUGGUUAUGUGUAAAUAAUAUUGCUGUAACGGGUUAUGCGCCAAAGCUGGUAUUCAAUAUUUCUGUGAGAACCACAUUAUGGUAAAGUUCCCUCAAAAUUUUCAUAAUACAUCACGAACCGAUUUAAUGAAGUGUAAACUCACUCAGAUUGGAAGGGAGUAUAGAGGUUUGAUAGCAAAAACUGUCGGUGACACUCCAUGUCAAUCUUGGUCUGCUGAAGAACCAAUUCACGAGAUCAGCAAAGAUAUUCACGAUGACGACUUUCCUGAACGGUCGAUGAAAAGUGUCAAAAAUUACUGUCGAAAUCCAACAGGGGAAUCCAGAGGUCCAUGGUGCUAUACGUUGGAUCUUUCACUCAUAGAUGACAAAUGUGAUGUACCUCUUUGUAAUUUUGGAGAAUGUAGACAGUCAGGACCAGGUGCUGAAUAUGGUGGUAACAGACAAAUAGGAACAUCAGGAAGAAAAUGCGUAUCCUGGCUCAAGGUUAACAAAAUGGAGAAAAUGAAAAAUGCGAGGUUCAACGACAAUAAUUUUCCCGAAGGAUCUCGCAAGAAAGCUACCAAUUUCUGUAGAAACCCUACCGGUGACAGCGGCGGACCUUGGUGUUACGUUGAACAAGAAGAUUCUGAGAAUCUCCAGAAAGAAUACUGCGACAUCUCUUUCUGUGACGCUAAAGAGUGUCUGACAUUCACUAAGAAUGGAUCUCAGUAUACAAUAUUAACAAAAUUAGAUGCCCCCAGCGGUAAUAUUUCGUUCUGGAUGAAAUUGUGGGACCCCAAUGGUGAGAAAGACGCCGAUGCGCGAAUUUUACUGAGUUUAUUACCAGUACCGGUUACCGCCGAACAAAUAGCUGAAGAAUGGAGUGCAGGCGUCGAAUUGUUUUUCGCAAAUUCUGGCAGUGGACAAACUUUUCCCAAAUUUGACGACGAAGAAAUUUUUGAGGCUAGUCCGGAAGUUUUGGUUGGUACGAAAUGGGUAGGGAUUUGGAUAACAUGGGGUGGCGGAUUUGUAUCUGCUGGCAUUGAAGGCAGUUUGAAGCCUAUAUUUAUGCAAGAAUACAAACGAAAACGUGGUAUCACAAGUCUGUAUCCAGAGACGUUCUUAUAUUACGGGCUUCGUGGAACUGGAGUUUUAUGGAGCACCGCAUUUUGCCAAAAACAGUGUGAAAUCCAUACCACGUACGGAACUGAUUAUUCCAGAAUAUGGACCAUGGAAAAAAAUAACGAUACAAAUGAUGUCCGAGCUUUUGUCCGUGCUAGUCAAGACAUUCGCAUAAGAUUAUAUCAAACACCUAAAUUGGAGCAUCCAUGUGUUACGGUAACAAUAGGCAAAAAUAUCGCGACACUCACGUAUGAAGAAGAAGAGGAUUCGACGAAGCAUUAUUUGAAAGAAAUUCCAAGCAAAGGCAUUCUUGAUUUCUGGUCUUGGAAAGAAUUUAGCAUCAGUAUUUUUGGAGAACAUUUUCGCUUAUUUUAUCACAAGGGCAAGGCAGCUAUCGAACUAUUUUACGUAAACAAUAAUUUCUUUGCCACUUUAAGAUGGUUCAGCAUUGGAAGUGAAAAGUCUAUAGCGUUUUGGACAUUGUUUUGUUCUCCGGAAGCUACCGAUGCUGUGGAAAUUCCUUCAGCACCGAACUGUUUAUCCGAUUUAACACAGUAUAUGUACCAAGGUGGACAAUGGACAAGUGCCAAUGAAGUUCCUUGUAUUCCAUGGAGCUCAAAGGAAAUUCCGAUCGAAGAGAAACAGGAUGAUAAGUUUGUUGAUGGAUCCGCUUUGAAAGCAUUAAACAAGUGUAGAAAUCCCGCACGAGAUUCGAGUGGUCCUUAUUGUUAUGCGUUUACACCUUGGGAAACCACGACCAUUUCGAAACAGUACUGUCCUGUUCGAUUCUGUAGAUCCUCAGAGUGUCGCAUGGCUGGAACUGCGAACGAUUACGUAGGGACAUUGUCGGAAACACGUUCUGGUCUUAGUUGCGAUUACUGGCAAACUGAUUCUGAUUUUCUAUCGCAAUCGGAUCAAAAAUCCACGAGAAUACCUACAACUUCGCAACGCACGCGAGGACCGCUUGUAAAACCGCACAGACCAUUGUCGGACCAAUAUGGAAUGAUUGUGUUCGAUAUGCCAAAAAAGCCGACUACUCCAAAGUACACCGCAAAAUUCGGUGUACGUGAACACUUCAACGAUAGUAUGUAUCCGGACGGUGCUGCUAAAAACGCUAGCAAUUUUUGUAGAAACCCAUCGCGAAAUAUUGCUGGCACUUGGUGUUACACCACAAACGCUUUGGUGCCGCAAGAUCUUUGCAACGUUAGGGACUGUGAAAAACCAGAAGAGUAUAUAAUUCUUAUCAGAGGCGAUGCUGCAGGAAGGCGUUUGUAUGUUUUACCCGAAUAUCGUUUUGAAGGAUUCCGAUUUGCUGUUAAAACUUGGGAACCGGAUCAACCAGAUUGCAUUGUAUUUGUCUUUACAGCUGACGACGGUUUUAAGUCACGUUAUAUUCUAAAAAUAGGAGCUUUGAACAACGAGAAAGUGCUACUUUAUUACGAGUCGGAAACUCAAGCCGUUGAAUUGGUCAAAAUGAAAACUUUACCGCACUUGCUGUUUUUGGGAAAAUGGAGCACAUUUACAAUCAGUAUUCCUCGAGGACAAAUUUUACUUUAUUACGAAGAAGAACCUACACCAUUGUUUCAAUGGAGUCACAAGGAUCCACCAACGACUUUUCUGCCAAUAUAUUAUUACUAUAGCAGUGAAAAAGGACGAACUGUUGGUGUUGCGUUUGACCAAGAUUCAGGUUGCCCUCUUGAAAACACGAAAACAGAUCGGUACGCUAGAAUUUUGUCAAUAUCAGCGUGGAGCAAAAAAGAGGUGUUACGUCCGGAACAGGUAACAUUUCAUCUACGCGGAGAAGGCAGAAUUAACAUACCUCUGCUUAUGCUACCUGCAAUUCCAGGAUUUUAUGCGUUAACAUUUAGCGAAAAAGAUCACUGGAUAUUGUUCACGAAAAAUGUGUAUCCUAAUGUAACAAUCUAUCAUAGACAAAAGAUAUUCGUACCACUAUUUACGACUAACUCGUGGACCAAUAUAACUAUAAGGUGGUCUGGAAAUAUUAUCAAUGUAUAUAGUAAUAAUACAAAAGUGUUUCAUUACGAGCACAUUAGCCCCCUUUUGUUUUAUUUCUUCUCGGUGGGAGUUGAUCCUGGCGGGUGGGUUACUUGGUCUGUAAACUGUUUACCGAUGGAUAUAGAUGGACCUCCAAUCGAUGGUGGUUGGUCAGAAUGGGGGCCGUGGGCAUGUAGCGCAAGCUGUAAUGGUGGCACAGGUACCAGAAAACGACUUUGCAAUUCCCCAGCACCCAACGUCAAAGGUGAACCUUGCGUAGGGCCGCAUACUAUGGUUGGUCGUUGCAACGAGAUUCUCUGCGGUGAUGUAACGCAAGAUACCUUAACUCUAAUUAACCGAAGAAUCCGAGCAAAUAACACGGCUUUGACUGUGAAAGAAUUUCAUUCCGUAACAAUUAUGUCGGACGAGGACAUCAUUGAAUUGAUCAGUAAAGAAUCCCCUCAUUCUGAAUUGCAGUGGUCCUUAAACGGCAUUUUUGUGCAGGAGGAAACGGACAGAGUGGAGCUAAAAAAUGAUAAUAUCGAAAUAAGAAAGACCUUGGUAAACGACUCCGGUGUAUAUGCGCUGACUUUGCGACGCAUCGAUGGGACUUAUUCAAUCCUCAAAGUCAUCAGUUUGGCAAUAAUACCGGCAAAGGUGAACGUACACAUAAGAGAAACUCUAAGCAUGACUGUAACGUGUCAUUGCUCUAUUCUGGGUCACAUUUACUCAGAUCUCCAAGUGACUUGGUUAGUGCAGAACAAGUCGUGGAAAGAUUAUGGCAUCACGCUUCCUAUCGCGGCUGAUGUCGACCAAAUCUUAAAAGUGAAUCGCACACACAAGGGACUGUGGCAGUGUGUUGUGAAGCAGAUGGACUUAAACUUCGUUUGGAUAACAAAUAUGAUAUCUGUUAAAGUUCUAGAACCUCCAACUUGGCGAUCACAUUUAAUGGAAGAUGAAAAGACGGUUUUCGUUUUCCACUGGGUGCCAAACGAAAAAUACAUUAAUAUACUUACUGUAAUUCUUGCAUUGAUGCUAACUGCAUUUGUAAUCGUAACUUCCUGGUUGUCUACAAGACGCAAAAGAAUAUUAUCGCCUCCGAGAAAAGAUAUAAGUGAAAAGAAAAAUUCGACUGAAUAAACUCAUUGGAUUAAUAUUUAUAUAUCUUCUGAAGCGUUACAACGUUAUAUAUGGUCUUAAAAAAAAUUGAAAGCAUACUAAAUACCAUUUCAUCCAACUUUACCGUUGUCUUCACCUACCAUAAGUAACCGAAAGUUUAUUAUUAAGUUUUGUUACUUGUGAAGCGCAGAAAAGUUAAGUUCUAUGCCUCUGUAUGAAUUUUAACCGUUUAGCAUGAUUUUCAAAAUUUCUUGAAAAAAAGUUCUGUCAAACUGCUAGCAAAAAGAAUGUACAGAUUCUUUUUACUUAAAACUAAAACGCUGUACACAUACUAUGAUCUCCUAUACUUUUCCAGAAAUUAUAAUUAGUUUUAUAACAUAUACAGUACGUUCCAUUUUCAACAUGACAAUGCAAAUUUUUUUCAUUAAAAGGUUAAUAAAGACAAUGCCACAAAUUACCAAGAAUCAAUUUAUUUUUGUCAGAAGAAUAUU